AUGGCAGAAGUAGCAGACAAGAAGCACCAUUUUAACAAAGAAAAAAGAAUGCAGGCCAUUUUUGAACUGUUUGAGUCUGAGUCAGAGUAUGCAUACGAUCUAACCCUGUGGACACGAACCAUAAAACAUCUUGUCGUAAACACCUCCUCUCUUGAGGUGUACAGCAAACAAAUAUUUCUCUCAAAUGUCAUUGGAAACUCCGACGAGCUAUUCAAGCUGCACGACACAAUUCUUCUUUUCAUUCUCAACAAGCUAAGCAUCACCCGGAACACCCCCAAAGAUGUUUUUCUUCGGCUGGACAUAUCGAGCCAAAGUCUUUCGGAAAUUCUCCAUGCUUUUAUUGUCCGCAAGGACAUUAUUUCAAAAGUCUACAUAGAAUACGCAACACGAAUACCCCAGGCCACAGGAACAAUGGCAUUUCUUCUCGAGCAGAACAAAAGCUUUAAUGCGGAAGUGUCGGACGUUCUCCACAGAAUAAAUAGAUUGCACUUGGGGUGUUCUCACUUUAUCAUGAGGCCCAUGCAGAAAAUAACAAGAUAUCCGCUGCUGAUGCAGGCCAUCUUGAAGUAUGCCCUGCCAGAGGAGAUACCUGAUCUGCAGACAGCCAUAAUGCACAUCCAGCAGAUAAACAUGCAGGUAAACCAGAACGUGCAAUACUCCACAGAGUACUUUACGCUGUACCACUUGGCACACGAGAUACAAUAUGCAGAAAAGCCGUUAUUUUCUGUUGGGAUGAUGCAGAAGGAAAGAAAGCUCGUAAAGCUGGAAAACGACAUACUUGUUAAAACAAACAAAGGAACAAAGUCUGUGUCAAUUGUUAUCCUGGACAACGCAGUGUUCUUCGUGGAGUGCGUGAUAACAAUCAGAGGAAUAUACAAAAACACUCUGAAGACUCUGAUGGAUAACAAGUACAUGGCGCCAGACACAAUUACAACAAGGAGAAUAGAAGGAACAGUGGGAGGCGAAGAAAAUCGAGGAGACGCAGAGUCUUUUCUGGAAAUAACGUCAAAUGGAGACAAGUAUCUUGUUUGCAGCAGAGAGUGGAUUAUUGACGAGCUGGAGGAGGCGAUAGAAGAGGUAAAAACUGUGCAGAAAUCAAAGAUGUACAACUUUCGACUGGAAGAGCUGUCCACGGGAAUAACAGCAGAAGGCGUAUCCAUGUCGUUCAUCACACCGGUGAGCAUUGAAGAGUGGAGCCUCAGAGGAAUAGGAACACUUAUCGUUGGAACCAACGAGUAUCUAGAGCUGAUCUCAGGCUAUAACAAGCUAAGAAUAUUCGACAAAAAGUGCGAGAAUGUGGUGUAUAAUAGGAAAGUGUCUUCAGUGUUCUACGGGCACAAGGGAUAUGUGUAUGCUCUGCCAAUCGACGGAUCACUAGCAGACACAGCUGAGUACGAAGAGGAUGCUGAGUAUGAUGAUGCCAAUGCUGAAACGGGAAAUAGUACUGAUCUCAAUGCAAACUCUAAUAACAAUGGAGUUGGCAAUUCUGUUGGCAAUUCUGAGACAGACAGUAGUAAAAACGCAGCAACACUUGGUUCCAAUAAGACCGCCAGUAAUAAUGAUGAUUCUAAUAACAGCAGUAAUACAUGCAUAGACAAGCCUGCAGAAGAUGCUAAGAAGGGUGGCAAAAAGACAGGUGAUAAUAAUGCACAGAAUAAAGAGACUAGAGACCUUACUGAUAAUAAUGCCGGUGAAAAGAAUGCUAAGAAAGAUAGAGGCGAUAGUGAGAGCAUAGAUAAUCCAAAUAAAGGUCAAAAAAUGAGUAAUGCUGGAAAUGCUGGAAAUGAUAAGACAGGUGAUUCUAAGAAAGAUAACGAAAAAAGUGGUGGCACUGCAAAUGCUCAUUCUGAUGCCAAUGAUAGCAACGGCAAUACUUCUGAUUCUGUUGAAAGCACAGAAAAAAAUAAAAAGAAGGAUAAAACCGAGUCUGCCUUGAACACUGAAGAAGGCUCAAAAAAGAGGAAAAAAAGUGAGAAAGCUAAACACUAUGAAACCAACACGGUCUCUGACAAUAGAAUCGACAGCUCAAGCGAAAGCAGCAGCAAGAGCGAAGAGUCUGAAAAAGACAGAGAAACUGAAGAAGACAGCGCAGCUGAAGAAGCUAUUCCUGAGGAGACUGCAGAAGUUGUUAAGAAAAACACGUCUCGGGUUAUAUCAAUGCUCAUACUCGCUGCUUCUGUUAAGGAUCAGCCUAAAAGCAUGAUAAAAAGCUCUGAUAUGUUCUUUAUCAGAGAGGCGCCCGAUGCAGGCGAUGGCGUAUUUUUAGUAGCCAAGAAAAUAGGAUACUUGGGGUCUGAGGAGCUGGUCAUCCUGAAAAUAGACGUGGGACAGAAUGGAAAUGCGUCAAAAUCAAUGUACAAACGGAUGUACAUUGCAGGCAAUGUGAAAGACGUUUCUUUUUUUGGCAAGAACAUGGUUAUAUCUUCAAACGACUUUGAGCUGAUCGAUCUAGUUGAUUUGACAACACAGGAGCUGCUAGACCCUCUGGACAAGACAAUUGCGAUAUACGUGAACAAGAUAGACAGCACUCCUCUGUUCAUGGAAAAAACAGAAGAGAAUGUGUACCUCGUGGCUUUUGACGACGUGGGCUUUUUCAUCAACAGGCUUGGGUCAAGAAAGAGGGCACACAUUGUUUUUCUGUGGCUGAUGCAGAUUAGAUCCGUGUUUAUUUUUAAAGAGUUUGUUGUGGCUCUGGGAGAGAAACAGGUGAAAAUAUUCUCGCUGAAGGACGGGAUGAUGCGCGGCAUAUUUGACAUCGAAAACGGGAGGCAUCUAGAGCACCCUGACUAUAUUAUUAUCUACAACGACACAAAGAUCUACAGAAUCACAUUCCUUGAUCAGCCCAGCAUCUAA